GAUUUGACUGUUCUCCCAUUCAUGUAAAACCUGAUAUGUGGCUUAUACGUCCUUUUAUGUCUUUUUUUUUUUUGUUUUAUUCCCCGCGACACUCUUUUACUUGUUAUGCCUGCUUUUCUCGUUCAGUUUGCUCAGUCACACGACGAGUUCAGACUUCCCGAGUUCCUUUCUCUUGCCAAACUUGAAAAAGUCAAGGUCACCUAUGAUGAAAAAGAUUACAAGUUGGACAACCCAUUCUUCAAGGUUCAGUUAGACUGUAAAGAAGAUGCUCAAAAGCUUGUCAAGAGAGCUAUUUUAAUCAAACAUAUCUUUGAAUUAUGGGGUGAAGGCAGUAGUUAUGAUCAAGUUCACAAGCAAGUGAAGGAAGAGACAAAAGACCGUUGGAACGACUACAUGACGUGUUCUUUCAGAUUCACCGUAUCCGCCUUUGGUUCCACCAUCACCUAUAAAGAGCAAUUGGAUAUCAUCAACUCAUUCUCAUACCUUGGAUUCGAAGGACCUAUUGAUAUGAAGAAUCCCGAUGUUAAAUUUCACGUUUUGGCUGAUUACGGAGCUGAACACGGUACAGAAAGAGAUGCACCUAUCUAUAUUUAUAUGGGUAUCUUGGUUGCUACCGGUAGUCGUGAUCUUGUCAAUCUUUACAACUUGAAAAAGAGAAAGUACUUGGGCACAACCUCCAUGGAUGCUGAAUUAUCACUUGUCAUGGCUAACCAAGCCUUGGCUGCACCAGGAAAAAUUGUCUAUGAUCCUUUUGUUGGUACAGGUAGUUUCCUAUUCACAUGUGCUCAUUUCGGUGCAUUCACCAUGGGCUCAGAUAUUGAUGGAAGACAAAUUCGUGGUAAAGGAAAGUCGGGUGUAAAGACGAACAUCGAACAAUAUAACCUUCAGGGCAGAGUUUUGGAUGCUCUUGUGUUUGAUAUCUGUCAUAAUCCUUGGAGAUCUCAGCAAUGGUUGGAUGCCAUUGUCACUGAUCCUCCAUAUGGUGUUCGUGCUGGUGCCAAGAAAUUGGGUAGAAAUGACGGUAAAGAAUUAGCUUUGAGAUCAUAUGAUGGUGUUCCUAUGCACACACGUGAAGACUAUUAUCCUCCUACAAAACCUUAUGAAAUGUCAGAGGUCUUGACAGAUCUCUUGAACUUUGCCGCCGAACAUUUAUUAUUGGGUGGUCGUUUAGUCUAUUGGCUUCCUACCAUUGUGGAUGAGUAUUCCAACAUGGAUGUGCCUCAACAUCCAUGCAUGACUCUUAUCAGUAACAGCGAACAAAACUUUGGUCUUUGGUCUCGCCGAUUGAUCACCAUGGAAAAAAUCAAGGACUGGUCAAAGAAGGAUGAGGCUAUUGUGGAACAAACCAUCGUUUCUGAUUCUGAUAAAGCAGAGAUUAUGGAGAAGGGUCAAGAAGAUCCCAAGAGACCUGGUCACUUUUUAUUCCGUGAAAAGUAUUUCAACUUUGGUCAUUAAAAGAAAAAAGAAAAAAUGUACAUACAUCUACUAGAAUAAUAAACACACACAAAAAAACCUUAUUUUAUCGUGUAAUCACCUCUA